AUGGAAGUGGAAGGGCUACCAGCCCCCAGCUUCCUCUUUCUCGUCUUCACAGUAUUCAUAUCGUGCCUCGCUUCUUCAUCACGAGCUUGUCCAGAAGAACCUUUCCAAUGUGGGGAUUAUUCCUUCGCACAUCCUUUCGGAAGAAAGGACAGUGGCUGCGGUGACCCUGCUCUUCAGGUGGAGUGUGAUGAUGGACCGAUGCCAUUACUGAAUAUUAGUGGGUACGACUACUACAUAAUGAAACCCCCCGAAGUCUAUAAGAAUGGGGAUUCCGACCAUCAUAUGACAAUAAUUGAAAAAAAUGUGUGGGAGGGUAAAUGCAGCCCAUGGACCAGUAACCUUGCACGGCAAUCCUUGCCUACCGAUCAAUUUCACAUUGAGGAUCAAAACAUAAAGUUGGCUCUGUCGGAGCAGUGCAAUGCAACGGCUAAUUUCCCGCUUCUACAAUAUCGAAUUCCAGGGUUCCGAGUAGAAUGGAAUAUCAGCCAAAAAUGCAGUAAGUGCAGCUCGAGUGGUGGAAAUUGUACCUAUGAGCCCUUUACGACGCAGUUCUGGUCCCGCUGCAAAGGCGGCUUGUAUCCAGAGAAAUGUCCCGCUCGCAAUUCAAGGGCUAAAACUGCCAUCAUUGCAAGUGUGGCCAUUGGAACCGGUGCAUUGUUAGUGAUGGGAAUACUGGUUGUGUUCGUUAAUAGGAGGCGGUGGUUUUCCGCAUCUUCCAAGACACUUGAUCUUUCUAAUGUAGAGAAGUUCUUGCAAGAUUAUGUUCAUCAAAUGCCAUGUAGAUAUUCAUACUCUCAGCUCAUGAAGAUCACCAGUAAGUUUACACAUAGAGUGGGGGAAGGAGGUUUUGGUGUGGUAUAUAAAGGAAAGCUAUCUACUGGCGAUCUGGUAGCCGUUUAA